UUUCAGGUCGUCUUUUCAAGGACAGUGCAACAGAUGUAUACUGUUGAACCAUACCUGAAUUUCCACGAAAAUAUCCCUCCGCCUGAUGUGAUGUAUUCAGUGAAGAGUUAUCAUGAUGUAUCUCAUACUAGCGGGCUGAUGGGAAAUAUUACAAGUAGUGUACAAUCUUCUAUGGAAGAAAGUUUAAAGGAAAUUAUUAACAGAAAUCAGCUGAAACUCAUUGAGGAGCUUGCAGCAUUUGUUGAUCAUCUGAAUAAGGCAUUAAUAAGCUCUUCAGCAAAAGUUGAAACAACAUUCAGAGAGCGGAGGAACUUCCCCCAUGUUCUGCAGCAACAAUUUGCAUUCAGAAAGGGCAAAGUCGAUACUUCACCAAAAGAGGUAGGUGCAUACUGUCCUCCAGCACUAGCUGUUUUCGCAACUGUAAAAUAUCCCAUGAACACAAUCACACUUAUUGGCGAUACUAAAGUACUGUGGUUGCGGAAUUUAGCGAAAGUUGGUGCCAGAACUUCCAUACUGUUUGAAGGAUUAAAUGAUGGAAUCAGUUCACCACGUUGUACUAUUAAACUGCAAACAUCUAACAGUAACAAAAGCUUAGUUGCCGAAGUAAAUGGGACGAAAUUAUCCGAGCAUAUCUCAGUUUGGAAAUUACUUGGUUCAUUGACAUCGCUUUAUUCAAUAGCUCCGGAGCAUGCAGAAAUCUGUACUCAUAUAGAUUAUUGGCUGUUACUGAUAGAUGAUGUACUGUCGAACAAAAGUAAUGAAAAUAAUUUAUGUCGUCAAAUGUGUACUGCUUUAGGUCACCAUGACUAUCUGGUCUCAUAUGUUGCUGCAACACUGGCUGAUGUUCUUGCAUAUUCUGUUAUCACGAAACAAUCUUAUUAUGCAAAUAAUGUUGAAUUAUGGUUAAGACGUAUGGAUAAAUUGUUCCAGUAGACGUAACCACACUUCUAAUUUUAUAUUUUUUAAAUCUUACUGACGAUCUGACUUUCUUCUAAUAAUAGCGGACUUCAGUUCUGCAAAUUUAGGAGCUCUAUGAUCAUUUAACCAGUGUUCUUCUAGUUAUUAAUUUAUUCUGUCUGACGUAAAUUCUCAGUAAUGCCUUUUUAGUUCGAAUGAAGUUUCAGAAAUAUACACCUAUGAAUUCGACAUCGUUUUACC